UCUCGCAGCUUGGCCUGCGAAUCAAUGCGAGUUCUUCCUGCUUGAGUCAGGGAGCACCGACAGGUAAGGUGGGGCCAGCGCAGCUCAGUGGGUAAACCAGGGAGGUUUUCAAGGCGGCCUCGCCGAUGCCAGUCUGAUGUGAGAGAGAAGAGUGAGAGGAGGAGGAAGACGAGGAUGAGGCUGGAGCGAGCCUUGCCUCUCCUGGGACUCCUGCUCUGUGGGGUUGGAACCGCAGCUCAGCAGGAUGAUAUCGAAGCACAGAAGGAAUUCCUGGUGGAGAUUUCCGGAACCACGGUGACAAUCACAUGUCCCUUGACCGAAGGCAACAUAUUGUGGGAGUUCAGAGGUGAUAAACUCACCAGUGACGAGAGGAAGUAUGUUAUAGAGAAUCACGACAGCUCUCCUGCCGUCGUGAGCUGUUCGUCAGGUGGUCAGAAGUACGCAAUGCACCUGCAUGCCAGAGUGUGUGCGAACUGUGAGGAGCUGGAUGCCUUGGCAGUGACGGGGAUCAUCACCGCGGAUCUCCUCAUCACCUUCGGGGUGCUGAUUCUGGUCUAUUACUUCAGCAAAGACAGGAAGGGGAGAGCGAGCGCUAGUGCUGGCAGUCGGCCACGAGGUCAGAAGAUGCAGCGUCCUCCCCCUGUUCCAAACCCCGACUAUGAGCCCAUCCGGAAAGGCCAGCGGGAAGUGUAUGCGGGGCUGGAGACCAGGGGCUUCUGAACUCCCCACGGCCGGCGGGCUGGAACACGGCAGCGGAGGGGCCGAGCGCUCGUGCCCAGCUCGGUGCGGGUUCUCUGCAGGGCUGCCGAGGCCCAGGCCUUUUGGGGUGACCCAGGCGCCUACAGAGGACAGGCACCCCGCUUCCACCCGCUGUCCCACCCUGAUGUGUUCCUUCAGCCUCCGAUUUGACAUUAGGGAAAAGAAACAAACGAGCACUUGGCAAGAGCCGUUUUCCUUCUCAUUAAAGGACUCUGCAGCCUCACCCAUGGGCCUCCUGUUCCCUCGCACUUCUCUGCUCCACUUGCACGCUCUGGUUUUCCCUCCCAUUUAAUUUCAGCCCUGAGUGGUUCCACGUGCUCUCUGCGCCUCCUUGGGUAGUUAGUGGGCAAAGAGUGGGCUCUUCUCGGCGUUACUGGCCUCUGACCUUGUCCUGCUCUCGUGGCCUCUUCAUUUUGCUGCCCAGGAUCGGGGGUGGUCAGCCUAUCAAAAAUAAAAAUGGUACAUUUUCAUAAAAAAGCUACUGCUUUAAAUUAAAAUACUUCAGUCACAAAGAAGAGUUUUCCUUUAAAAGAAUGAGAAGCACUUCUACCAGCGCAUGCAGCCCGACCUGGCCAUCUCCAGCCCGUCUGCGGGAAGUGAGUGGGGCUGCUACCGCGGCGCAUGCAGCGACCUUUGUGUUUCAGACCUUGGGCAGAACAUCCUAACAGGGACACGUGAGGGUUUGGCACCUUCCCAAGCCAUCGGAAAGCCUUCUCUUAGGAAAUUUAAGUGCUUGGCUUAAAUCUUUAUUGCUAUUAAAUAUGGGGCUCUUAGAUAUUUCAGCUACGGUUUGAACCCCCACUUAGCAAUGAGUAUCAGCUUCACAGUCUGCGACAACACAACAGGGAUUUUCACGUUUCCCAGCCUGGGACCGAGAGCCUUUGGCUCAGCCCCAGGACUAGCACUCUGCUCUGCCACAGCUUGUUUGCUGGAAUUGAAGUUAAUCCAUUGGGGCCACAGAGAUAAAGCCCAGGAUCUACAAAAUCCAAGAGAGCAUCAAGCCCUUUUGCUAGGCUGUCCUCAUCUUGGAGACAUCCCUCUGUGCUGGUAUGCUGCAGCGCAGUCUAGGAUGGACACAUUUCGUCGGGUCUGUUGUACCCUAAGGCCUGUACAAGCACAUUUGCUGCUGGAGUUUCAUUUUCCAGAGGUAUCGCUCUUAGAGAUUCUUACGAUUUGUCCUUUGCUGCUGCCCUUUCUCUCCUCAUUUCAGCUCUGUAACUUGAGUUCUGCCAAAGGUGAUGGGCUGCUUUGCCACUGGUGAAGAUCUAUUCUAACUUUUUUAUAUACAUUUAAAAAUUGUAAUAUAUUAAUAAAAUGGGAACAGCACCCCCAGGUAUG